AUGGACGUUGCUGCGGCGGAGGAGCGGCGGUGGGAGGCGGUGGCGAUGGCCUUCGUGGAACACUAUUACCACCUGUUGGACACCAGCAGCCCGUCGCUGGCCGGGCUCUACGAUUCUACCUCCCUGCUGUCCUUCGAAGGCCAGCCGGAGUUCGGCGCGGAGGCGAUCGCCCGGCGGCUUGCGGCGGCACCGCCCUUUGACCGGUACCGCCACCGCGUCUCGACGGUGGACUGCCAGCCGUCGCCGCCCACCGGGGGCAUCCUCGUCUUCGUUAGCGGCAGCCUCGAGCUCCCUGGCGAGGAGCACCGCUCCGGUUCAGCCAGGUUCUCCACCUCUCUCCUUCUCCCACCCGCCGAGCUUCCCCCAUCGCCAUUAAUGGCGGUCUCUCCUCCCUCUCGUUGCAGAUGUUCCAGUUGGUCCCGACCCCGCAAGGGGGCUUCGUCGUGCAGAACGACAUCUUCCGCCGCCUCUACACCUGA